AUAUUCCACAACGAAGCCUGGUCCACACUUUUAAGAUCGGUUCACAGUGCUUUAUCACGAACUCAACCAGAUCUGCUGAGAGAAGUUAUACUAGUGGAUGAUUGCUCAACAUUAGGUCCGUGGUUUAAUGAUCUCAAUCCGAUAGCACAAAAAGUUUUACAAAAUAUGUUCUAUGAUUUAAAUAUGUGUCAACAUUGAUCACAUUUCUUUUAACAUGGACUCCUCCCCCCCCCCACCCCAACUCCUUUAUUAAAUAGCUUUCUUGGGAGCUCCACUGGACAAAUACUUCAGACAAUUCCCUAAAGUGAAAAUAGUUCGAGCUGAGAAGAAAGGCGGUUUGAUCAAAGCAAGACUUCUGGGGUUUGAGGCGUCCACCGCCCAAGUGGUGGUGUUUCUGGAUGCUCACAUUGAGUGUUAUCCAGGUACUUAUGACAUAAUAUACAUGUUGGGAUGUUGGGUAAUUGGUUGUCACGAACAUAUGUAAUAAGUUAUAGACUUUGAAUAAAUCCGCAGCUCAGAAUGAUUUUUUGCCUUUACACUAAAUCACUGUAUCCCACACCCCUUUCCUUUAUUCCUCAUCAUUCCGACCUACAAUGACAUCUUCAGACUGGGCUGACUCGUUGUUGCUGCAGAUCAAAUUGAACCCUAAGGCCGUUGUGUUUCCUCUCAUUGAUAACAUCAACGACAAGACAUUCGGUAUCGGCUGCAACAAAAAUCCUGUCCACUACGCAAAUUUUCAUUUAAAAAAUUUGUUUUUUGAUUGGAUAGAGAUUCCAAAACGUGAGUUCGACAGGAGGAAGGACAUUACCAUACCAUUCAGGUGA